AUGACCUGGGCCGAGGACCUACGGGCUCUGGUGACCGCGCGUCUCACGGCAGCCGCGGAGGACAUCUGUGCCCUGGUGGAGAGGAGCGUAGAGCGGCUGCAGGAGGAGAGAGGCCCGGGGAGAGACUACCACAGCCCGGGGAGAGGCCACCAGAGCCCGGGAAAGGAGAGAGCAGAGGCGGCUGGUCGAUCAGGUGCUCAGUUUGUGAGCGCGCUCAGUCCAGCGGCGCCUGAGACACAGUUUUACAUCAAAGAGGAUCCUGACCUCAGCAUCAAACAGGAGCCGGAGGAGCUGACGGAGGCGUUACUGUGCACCUGGGAGUACGCCCCGCCGCCGCCGCGCAGAGACGACGCAUACGGGGCCCAACCGCAAACCUCGGACCGGCACGAGCACUUGGACCGCCUGUUGGGAGCCGCAGAGACCAGCAGCGGCUUCGAAAACCCGCAGCGGAGUUUGGAGGCGGGACACAGCAGCGCGCUCACCAAGAAACUGCACACGUGCGCGCAGUGCGGGAAGUCGUACGCACACAAACCGUCGCUGUUCCGCCACAUCCACACGCACAAAGGACAGAAGCCGUUCCAGUGCUCGGUCUGCGACAAGAGGUUCACACAGAAGCCACACCUCAACAAACACAUGAGAACACACACAGGAGAGAAACCCUACUGCUGCCCCUUCUGCGCCAAGACCUUCACCGACAAGAGCAGCGUCACCCAGCACCUGCGCGUCCACACCGGGGACUAG